AUGGCUUCGUCUUCCUCUUCGCGCUACGGUGUGUUCCUGAGCUUCCGAGGAACUGAUACUCGUAGAACCUUUGUCAGCCAUCUUCACAAAGCCUUAGUUAACCGAGGAAUCGUCACCUUUAAGGACGAUGUGAAGAUUAGAACGGGCGAUCCUUUUCCCCACGAAAUCCUUGAAGCUAUCCAAGAUUCGAUUUUUGCAGUCAUUGUUAUCUCGGAGAAUUUCACUUCUUCAAAGUGGUGUUUGAUCGAGCUCCAAUCGAUAAUGGAGCUUUGGAGCUCAAAAAAACUCAUCGUCUUUCCGAUCUUCUACGGAGUGGAGCCCUCUGAUGUCAGGAAAGAGGAAGGCCAUUUCUGGGAACCGCUUAAAUUGCACAUGUGUAACUCAUUUGCAGAGGAGGUUCCUAAAUGGAAAGAGGCUCUCACCAAAGUCUCCUAUCUCAAUGGAAAGGAUUCUAGAAAAUUGUAA